AUGUGUGAACUUGUACAGAAGAAGCAUCCAAACGUCUUGGAGAAAGUAAAGGAAUGCCGGAAGAGGAAGGCUACUAGUGAAGUGUCCGACAUGCCUGCAAAGAAAGCCUGCAUACAAGCAACUGUGACAACAUGCACCCCACUUGGUAGUUCUGUAAUUUCGCAGGCGAAGGUCGAUCAACUGGUGACAAACUUCAUUGUCGAGUAUCUGGAGCCAAUGAGCAUCGUCGAAUCUCAACCCUUCAUUGAGCUUGUUAAAGGUCUCCAGCCAACAAAGAAAGUUUUGUCGAGAAAAACUCUUAAUGGUUAG